GGGCAUAAGAAAGCUCGAAAUGCUUAUCUCAAUAAUUCAAAUUACGAAGAAGGAGAUGAAUAUUUUGAUAAAAACUUGGCACUCUUUGAGGAAGAAAUGGACACCAGACCAAAAGUGUCUUCUCUCCUCAACCGCAUGGCCAACUACACUAAUCUGACUCAAGGAGUAAAGGAACAUGAAGAGGCAGAAAACAUCACAGAAGGGAAAAAGAAGCCUACCAAGACCCCCCAAAUGGGUACCUUCAUGGGCGUCUACCUCCCGUGUCUACAAAAUAUUUUUGGAGUGAUCCUCUUUCUACGCCUUACAUGGGUGGUAGGCACAGCUGGAGUUCUUCAGGCUUUUGCAAUUGUCCUUAUCUGCUGCUGCUGUACAAUGUUAACUGCUAUCUCCAUGAGUGCCAUUGCCACUAAUGGAGUGGUGCCAGCUGGGGGCUCAUACUUUAUGAUUUCCCGGGCACUGGGCCCAGAGUUUGGAGGGGCUGUUGGCCUGUGCUUUUAUCUUGGUACCACAUUUGCAGCAGCCAUGUAUAUCCUUGGUGCCAUUGAAAUCUUUCUGGUAUAUAUUGUCCCCCGGGCUGCCAUCUUUCGCAGUGAUGAUGCAUUCAAGGAAUCGGCAGCCAUGCUAAAUAACAUGCGUGUCUAUGGCACAGCUUUUUUGGUCCUCAUGGUAUUGGUGGUAUUUAUCGGCGUACGCUAUGUGAACAAGUUUGCUUCACUUUUCCUGGCCUGUGUCAUUGUGUCCAUCUUGGCCAUCUAUGCUGGAGCCAUCAAGUCUUCUUUUGCCCCUCCACACUUCCCGGUCUGCAUGCUGGGUAACCGCACCCUUUCAUCAAGACACAUUGACAUUUGCGCCAAGACCAAGGAAAUUAACAACAUGACAGUCCCAUCAAAGUUAUGGGGCUUCUUCUGUAACUCAAGUCAAUUUUUCAAUGCUACCUGUGAUGAAUACUUUGUUCACAAUAAUGUCACUUCAAUCCAGGGCAUUCCUGGAUUGGCUAGUGGUAUCAUUACAGAGAAUCUUUGGAGUAAUUAUCUACCCAAGGGAGAGAUCAUUGAAAAGCCCUCAGCCAAAUCUUCUGAUGUCUUAGGCAGCUUAAACCACGAAUAUGUUCUUGUUGACAUCACCACCUCCUUCACUCUUCUCGUGGGAAUCUUCUUUCCGUCUGUCACAGGUAUCAUGGCUGGAUCAAACAGGUCUGGAGAUCUGAAAGAUGCUCAGAAGUCUAUUCCCAUUGGUACUAUCCUUGCCAUCCUGACCACCUCCUUUGUCUAUUUAAGCAAUGUUGUUCUUUUUGGUGCAUGUAUUGAAGGAGUUGUUCUCAGAGACAAGUUUGGGGAUGCUGUGAAAGGUAAUUUGGUGGUGGGCACCUUAUCCUGGCCGUCCCCGUGGGUGAUUGUUAUUGGCUCCUUCUUUUCGACAUGUGGGGCUGGACUUCAGAGCCUCACAGGUGCACCAAGGCUGCUACAGGCUAUCGCCAAGGAUAACAUUAUACCGUUUCUGAGGGUUUUUGGCCACAGCAAAGCCAAUGGGGAACCUACCUGGGCUUUACUUCUAACUGCUGCCAUUGCAGAGCUGGGAAUCCUUAUCGCCUCCCUGGAUCUCGUGGCCCCAAUUCUUUCCAUGUUUUUUCUCAUGUGUUACCUCUUUGUGAACUUGGCAUGUGCCUUGCAAACAUUACUUAGAACACCGAAUUGGAGACCCCGAUUCCGCUACUACCACUGGGCCCUCUCUUUCAUGGGAAUGAGUAUCUGUCUGGCUCUGAUGUUCAUUUCUUCCUGGUAUUACGCCAUUGUAGCUAUGGUAAUAGCUGGUAUGAUCUACAAGUACAUUGAGUACCAAGGAGCUGAGAAAGAAUGGGGUGAUGGCAUCCGAGGGCUGUCCCUCAGCGCAGCCCGGUUUGCUUUGCUUCGGCUGGAGGAAGGACCUCCACACACUAAGAACUGGAGGCCUCAGUUGCUUGUAUUGCUGAAACUAGAUGAAGACUUACACGUCAAGCAUCCUCGCCUCCUCACCUUUGCCUCACAGCUCAAAGCAGGAAAGGGUCUCACUAUUGUGGGCUCUGUCAUCGUGGGGAACUUCCUAGAGAAUUAUGGUGAAGCCUUAGCAGCUGAGCAGACCAUAAAGCACCUCAUGGAGGCAGAGAAGGUAAAAGGAUUCUGCCAGCUAGUGGUGGCUGCCAAGCUGCGAGAGGGCAUCUCCCACCUCAUCCAGUCCUGCGGACUUGGGGGCAUGAAGCACAACACGGUGGUGAUGGGCUGGCCUAACGGCUGGCGGCAAAGUGAAGAUGCUCGUGCUUGGAAGACGUUUAUUGGCACAGUUCGAGUGACAACUGCUGCCCAUCUCGCUCUGCUGGUGGCUAAAAACAUCUCCUUCUUUCCCAGCAAUGUGGAGCAAUUUUCCGAGGGCAACAUUGAUGUGUGGUGGAUUGUGCAUGAUGGGGGGAUGCUCAUGCUCUUACCAUUCCUCCUGAAACAGCACAAGGUAUGGCGAAAGUGCAGCAUACGGAUCUUCACAGUAGCCCAACUAGAAGACAACAGUAUCCAGAUGAAGAAGGACCUGGCCACCUUCCUGUACCACCUGCGCAUUGAGGCAGAGGUGGAAGUGGUGGAGAUGCAUGACAGUGACAUAUCAGCUUACACUUACGAACGCACUCUGAUGAUGGAGCAAAGGUCCCAGAUGCUCCGGCACAUGCGACUGUCCAAAACAGAGCGGGACAGAGAGGCACAGCUGGUGAAAGACCGGAACUCAAUGCUAAGAUUGACCAGCAUUGGCUCUGAUGAGGAUGAAGAGACAGAAACUUAUCAGGAGAAGGUGCACAUGACUUGGACAAAAGACAAGUACAUGGCAUCCCGGGGGCAAAAAGCCAAGUCAAUGGAAGGAUUCCAGGACCUGCUUAACAUGCGUCCGGACCAGUCCAAUGUGAGGCGGAUGCAUACAGCUGUGAAGCUCAAUGAGGUUAUAGUUAACAAGUCCCAUGAAGCAAAGUUGGUUUUGUUGAAUAUGCCAGGGCCACCUAGAAACCCUGAGGGUGAUGAAAACUAUAUGGAGUUCCUAGAAGUGCUCACCGAGGGACUAGAGCGAGUCCUCCUGGUCCGGGGUGGUGGCAGUGAAGUGAUCACUAUUUAUUCGUAAUCUCUUCCUGAAUGACUCUGGCCUCACCUUUCCUAAAAGACCUCCAUCCUCCGUGGAAGUGCCAGCUCUUUACUACCACUGCUGCUCAACUAGAGGCCUGUGUUCUACACACGUCACACUGAAAUCUGGAUGAGCUGAGCCUCAAGUACUUGUGCAAAAGAGUACAAAUGGAUCUGCUCUUUGCUCCCAUAUGAUGUGCAGUCUUUACAGAAGCAGCAAAUAUUCCCGCAACAUCCAAACAAUGGUCAAGUCCUAAAUAAAAGCCAUGUCUGACUGAAGGCAAGGUAGAAUUAACAAGCUGUGCCAAUCAAUGAAUUGGUAAAAGGGAUGCUAGAAAUUCAACUGAAGACAAAAAGCAAGUAUAUAUCCAACAUUAGAGAUGAGUCUCAGAAAUCAUGGUUCAAUGAUGACAUCAGAGGGGUA